CAGAGCAGUCCCAACCAGUCAACCAGCAGAAACGUCCCGUCGUCGUCGUCGUUGUCAUCGCCUACUUUUUGCACGCAGUUCUAUCGCAAUUUUUCAGUGCUCAAUCAUAGGUUUUCUAGUGUUUAAAAAAACGUAAAUUUGUAAGGCUUUUUUUUUCUAAAGGGAAGGACUUGAAAGUGCGUGCUUAGUUUGAGUGUCGCGAUAGCUUGACGUGAACAAAAGUGCAGCAAAAAUUGGCCCCGAAAAGUGUAGGAUUUUUCUUGGAAAAAGACAAAUUACAACAAAAAUAUUCUAAAUUGGUUACCCACAAUUUCGCCUGCACAGCCUCAGCCAGUUCGUAGCUUUUCUCUGUUUUUGCCCCCUCGAAAACGCUUUUCCACGGCUUUUCAUUUUGCACCUGCCGCAGCAGCAGCCUAAAUAUAGACAGCCUUGUAUGGUUUUGAUAAAAAAAAAGUAAUACAAAUAAAAAACCACACUGAAAAGUCUAGUGUAAGGCGCUGAAUGUACAGAAGCAAUCGCCCCUGCUGGUAGGCAAACAGUAAUACACACAACUCACCAGGCGUAAAAAAAAGAGGGCCGUCAAACACCGCUCAAUGUCGAGGCUCUUCAUGACUUCUUCCACGGCAUACCUGGACGAGGCCAACGGCAAUACGUUGCUGAGCAGUCCCGCUGGAUCACCGGGGGCAGGACCAGCGGCCGGUGUGGGGGCAGGUGGUGGAACGGUGGAUCCCGGGGCCAGCGAAACCCUCAUCAUUCAAUCGCCCUCGAACGAUGACCUCAGCCAGAGCCUUUCGGAGUACACCGACGCGGACGAGAGCAUUUCCGCGCCCACGGAACUGCUGGCGGAGUUUUUGUCGGCGGUGAUGUUACGUGACUACGUGAGCGCUCUCAAGUACUGCAAAUUGAUCCUCCAGUAUGAGCCCAACAACAGUACGGCGCGCGAUUUCUACCCCCACAUCCUGUCGAAAAUCGCCGCAGAAUCUGCCGCCCAGGCCGAGCUCCAGGCCGUGGCCAUGGCCGGUGAUCAGCAGUCCGGCGAGAGUGACGAGAACUACAACUUCAACUACAGCACCUCGUCGUCCAACUCGGAUGACAUCUGCAUCGACGAGGUCGUGAUGGUGUGCAGCAGUGACAGCGAACAGUCCUCGAACUGCAGCUCGUUUCUGGACUAUUCCAACAGCAGCAACAGCAGUGGUGCCGGAAGUGGUUCCGACCUGGACGAGAAGGCGCUGAACCGGAUUAACUGCAACAGCACCGAGUCGGACCAGCUGCCACCGUCGCAAUCGGCCACGGACAAUAAUACGUCGCACUCGUACUCGAGUUUGCUGCUGGAGGAGGAGGAGAAGGAUCUCACGCUGUCGGACAUUUCCAACCUGAACAUUGAGGAUGACGAGAAUGGGGAUGAUUCCGACAACGGCCCGCAAACUGCUCCCAAAGCCACCACAACAGCUCAACCGGCUCAACAGGUGGUGCAACAACAACCUUCGAAGGAGCAGUCGGUCCCGCCCAAGUCGUCUCAACCGAGUACGCCCCUGGCCUCGAAGCUGGUCGCGAUGCUGCGCGCCAAAGUUAUACCCUCCUCAAAGUCCUCGAACAACGACUAGGAGAAUGCACGACUGGCUGAUCCAACUGGAGGAAAUUUUCGUACUCUAUAUCUUCUUAGUGGGUAGCUCUACAGGAAUGGAAAUCUAGGCCUUGCUCGUAUUAUCAUCAGUCCAAUGAAGAAAACCAAAUGUUAUUUAUUGCAAUCUUACUUCUACCUAUAUACUCUGAUAUUUAUUACAGCCUAUAUAUGAAUUAUUAUAAAAGAAUUUGUAGAAAACGCAAUAUAAGUUGCUCUCUCCCUGCGUGCUGAGAAUGGAAUAAGCUGUUUUAAGUGUAGUAGUCGUUUGGGAUGGGACGCGAGCGAUAGAGAGAUAAUCAUCGAGAGACCAACUUCUAAUGGAGCUAAUACAAGAAAACACGAGACAAACCAAAUAAACCAAAACAACCACAUUUUUAGGUACAUUUUACAGGAAUUAUUAGGAACGAGUGCGGCGGAGAAGCUGUAGACACUUUUCGCGAGUGUAACCAAUACUGACUGAAUUCUUUCCGUUUGAGAAAAAAAAAUGAGUGGGUGACUUUCGUUUAGUAGUACAUAUUAUAGAUAGGGAGCUAUUUAGACCGUGUAAGGAUGGCUAGGUUUUUGGGUUCUUUGGUCGCACAUAUCUAGAGAAACUGGUUCCUUGAGUAUAUCGAAGUGAAUAAAACAAACAAAAAACAGAGUACGUUUAGCAGAUGCAGCCAACAAUAAUAAAACACAAAUACAAACACAAAGACACGCAUUGUAUAUGCACACAGACACAAACACAACCACACAACAAUUGGCAGCAAACAAAGUUAGGGAAAAAAUAAAGAAAUAGGCAACUUUUAGAGAAAAUUUGAUUACAAAAAAACGAAAGUGCAAACAAAAUUAUUUUGCGAAAGCAUGCAACAAACAUAAAACACACACAAAUGAACACACAAACAAAUAAAGAAAACAGUUAAGUGCGAUUGUUUACCUGUAUAUCAGAUCGACCCUAGUAUUGAUAAGUUCCAAAAACAAAAGUGUAAUCUCAUGAUGUGUAUACAAAACAAGAAAAGAGUGUGUAAUAAAGCAUAUAACAAUAAACAA